AAUCUCUCAUUCGCUGUCCGAUUCCGACAGAUAGACAGAGGAGAGAGAGAGAAGGCGCGAAACACAGAGAUAGAGAAGGACGAUCCAAUUCCAAAGAGCAUGGAUGAUUCUUCGAACGCCAAAUCUAACCAAUGCCCGCCGCCUCUCUCCAACCCAACUCCGACGCCGUUUCGUGGUCCGUACCAUCGUCGAGCUCAUUCCGAGGUUCAGUUCCGUCUCCCCGAAGAUCUAGAUCUCUCCGAACCGUUCGGAGGGUUCGACGACCUCGGAUCCGAAGAUGACAUCUUCUGCACCUACAUGGACAUCGAGAAACUCGGAUCCGGAUCCGAUUCGGCUGGACCGAGGUCCGAGAACCCGUUGUUUUCCGGUGAAGAAGGUGGGAGCUCGAGUUCGAGGCCUAGGCACAGGCACAGCCUCUCCGUUGAUGGUGGGUCUUCGAGUUUGGAGUCGAUCGAGGCUAAGAAAGCCAUGGCUCCUGAUAAGCUCGCUGAGCUUUGGGUCGUUGAUCCCAAGAGAGCUAAAAGGAUAAUUGCUAAUAGACAAUCUGCUGCUCGUUCAAAAGAGAGGAAGGCUAGGUACAUUAUGGAGCUGGAGAGGAAAGUUCAGACCUUGCAAACUGAAGCUACUACCCUCUCAGCACAACUCUCCUUGUUCCAGAGAGACACAACUGGUUUGUCAUCUGAGAAUACAGAGCUCAAGCUUCGUUUACAAGUCAUGGAACAACAAGCCAAGUUGCGAGAUGCACUAAACGAGCAACUGAAAGAGGAAGUAGAGAGGCUGAAAUUCGCCACGGGAGAAGUCUCACACGCUGAUGCUUAUAACCUCGGGAUGGCACACAUGCAAUACUCUCAACAGCAGCAGCAACCACCACAACAGCAAUCCUUCUUUCAACAUAAUCAUCAUCAGCAACAACAAACCGAUGCUCAAAACCUGCAACAGAUGACUCAUCAGUUUCAUCUCUUCCAGCCCAAUAACAACAACAACAACCAAAACCCAAACAUUAUGCAUCAGGCUACUUCUAAUGCCUCGGGUCAGUCUCAUUCCUUUGCAGAGGCGAUGAGUGAAGACCCUCUUGGUCGGUUACAGGGGCUUGACAUUAGCAGCUGUGGCAGAGGCUCGAACUUUGGUAGGUCUGACACCGUCAGUGAAAGCAGUAGCACCAUGUGAGUCCUGCCUUGUGGAUAAUCCUAUUCUUUUGCCCUCUCCCUUCAAAAUCUUUAGCUAAAUAUGGUUCGUCUGAUUCAUUUUUUUCUAUUCUGUAAAACUUUUAUUUUCUUUGUGAGGGGGUUUCAACAUAGAGACCCACAGGUGUUUUUAACUUUUCUGAUUCAUAUUGUUCUUCCUUGGGAGCUAUCUUAGUUGAACCAGUUACCUUUUUAUGUUUAUUUAUGUGCUCUUGCUUCUUCAUUUAUUCCUGUGUAAACAGUGGUUGUAAUUUGGAUUUGGCUUCAAGAAAUUGGUUUUU